AUGGUCAAGCAAGAAGAUUUUGCCGUAGAGCAAUUCAUGGAUAAAUAUGAAACUAAAAUUAAGUAUAACAUGGCAGAAACAUGCGUUGAUUCGCUUAGUUUUAACCAGUUGUUUGGGUUAAUUGCUGGUGACUCAAAUGUUAAAGUAUUGACAGAAAAGAUCUUAAACACUAAAUUAACAUAUGGUCAUAUUAGAGGAUCUCCCGAAUUAAAACAAGCAAUCGCCAAUAUUUAUAGUUCAGAUGGAGGUAGUAUUACUCCAGAGGAUAUCGUCAUUACAAAUGGGGCAAUUGGUGCUAAUUUCUUAACUCUUUAUUCCUUGGUCGAUGCUGAUGAUAAAGUUAUUGUUGUUAAUCCAACAUAUCAACAAUUACUGUCAGUUUCGCAAGCAUUCUCCGGAAAAGCUGAAAAUAUCAUUAGUUGGGAUUUAAAUUUUGAAAAUCAUUACUUACCCGAUCUUGAUCAAUUGAAGGAAUUGGUCGCCAAACAUUCACCUAAGUUGUUGAUUAUCAAUAAUCCUAAUAAUCCAACUGGGGUUGUAUGGGGUGAUGAUAUUAUGAAGCAAAUAGUUAAGAUUUGCUCUCAAAGUGAUAUGUAUUUGCUUUGUGAUGAAGUAUAUCGUCCUUUAUAUCAUUCAAUUUCGGAUAAUAUUCCUAAAUCUGUGGUUAGUUAUGGAUAUACCAAAACAAUUUCCACUUCUUCUACCAGUAAAGCAUUCCUGUUGGCUGGAUUAAGAUUGGGAUGGAUUGUGACUAAAGACAGUAAUGUUAUCAAUGGAUUAUAUUCUAAACGUGACUAUAAUACUAUUUCUGUUUCAAUUAUUGAUGAUUUAUUGGCAACAGUUGCGUUAGAAAAUUAUAAGACUAUACUUAAAAGGAGUUAUGAGAUUUGCACAACAAAUCUACAGAUCCUUCAAGAUUAUAUCGACAACACUGACUUAUUAUCAUGGGUGAGACCCAAAGGUGGCUCUACUUGUUUUAUCAAAGUAAACAUCGAAGGUAUUGAUACAAUGAAGAUGUGUGUAGAAUUAGUUGAACAAUUCGAGACAUUGGUUGUUCCUGGCGAAGUAUUCGACAACAAAAGAGGAUACAUUAGAGUUGGUUUUGGAAAUAGUAGUGACGAUAUCAAACAAGGUUUGGGUCAAUUGACCAAAUACUUUAAGAGUAAUGGGUAUUUAAGUUGA